AUACCCAUCAUCAUGUCAUGAGAUCAUCAUCACACAGCCUCAAACUCCGUGCCUGCAUCAACACCUAGAGGAAGCACCAGAAACUGCAGGAAGCAAAUGCACAAAUUUCCUCAGCCAUGAAUCAGUCCCUCAGAAAAUGAUGUGGCAGCCUUCAGUGAUGAAAAACAACCCUCCUCACCGAGUCGUGAUGAGGUGAACCGGCGGCUGGAGCUCCACCAGGGACACACACAGACUCACAGACACACACACACACACACACACACACACACACACACACACACACACACACACACACAGAAGGGGAGAGACCACCGACAUCAACACCACCACCAGCAGCACCGUGCAGGAAAACGGCCGUCUCCUCAGAGACCAUCCCCGACGCCCACACUUCCGGACUGGAGCCUCUGGAGGCAGCUGGGUCGGGAUGCGUCCGUCUCCCGGUGCUGCUUGAGAUGAGGAUAAGACGACGACGUCUUCCCCGGUGAAACGACGGUGUUCGUCACGUUUCAUUAGACGUGCCCGUUACAAUCUGAGCAGCACCGAUCAAACCGCGGAGAUUCAUUCGCUCAGCACUCAGAGGGGAUUCAGGCUUUAGCCAUAUACUGUCUAUCUGCUGUCAACUGUUGCUUAUUCCCACUGUAAAUGAAUCUUAUAAGGUUUAUGAACAACCGUGUUCCUCCUAACAAGAGAUACCAGCCCACAGAAUAUGAGCAUGCUGCCAACUGUGCCACGCAUGCGUUAUGGAUAAUCCCCAGCCUGCUCGGCAGCUCCGUGUUGCACUUCCAGUCGGAGGACCAAUGGGAGCGGCUGUCGGCCUGGGUGUACGGAGCGGGGCUCAGCUCGCUCUUCAUCAUCUCCACCCUGUUCCACACUGUGGCCUGGAAGAAGAGCCACCUACGGUCUGUGGAGCACUGUUUCCACAUGUGUGACAGGAUGGUGAUCUAUUUCUUCAUUGCUGCCUCCUACGCCCCUUGGCUGAACCUGCGGGAGCUGGGUCCCUGGGGGUGUCACAUGCGCUGGCUGGUGUGGGUCAUGGCCUCUUUUGGAACCACCUACGUCUUCUUCUUCCAUGAAAGGUACAAGAUCACAGAGCUCAUCUGCUAUACGGUGAUGGGAGUUUUUCCUGCCUUGGUCAUCCUCUCAAUGCCGGAGCAGUCGGGGUUGUAUGAGCUGCUCGUGGGCGGAGCCUGCUACUGUCUGGGGAUGGUCUUUUUUAAAAGUGAUGGCAUCGUCCCAUUCGCUCACGCCAUUUGGCAUCUAUUUGUUGCUAUGGGAGCAGCCAUACACUACUAUGCCAUCUGGAAGUACCUCUAUGCCCAGCCGCCUAGUCAGGUCCAGACCUCCAGAUGACAACAGCGCUGACCUCACAGGAAGUAGCUCCUGCAUUUGAGCAACUUCAUGAAGAUAAUGUAAGCUGUGUCCUAAUUCAGUGGCUACAUCCUUUCAAAAGCAAGUGGGCUGAACCUCCUCCACAAAUAAGACAGUGUAGAUCACUGUAACAAAAACUAAUGGUGCAUUCAGGUGAUCCUCGUUAGCUUGUAAAUUAAAAAAAUUCACGUUUUACCCCAGAAAGUUGCACUCAAGACUAUGCUAUGAUGCUGAUUUAAAAUCUUUAGAAGGUACAAUGUUUACCAUGUUCACUAUUUUAGUUUAGUGUGUUAGCAUACUUAUAUUUCUAAUUAGCACCAAAUACAGCUGAGCCUGAUGGGAUUGUCAUUAUUUUUGCAGGAAAUCAGCUCUGUCUGUACCACAUUUUGUGAUAAUCCAACCAACAGUUGUUGAGAUAUUCAGUCUGGAACAGAGUGGUGGAUCGUCUCACUGACUGACAUUGCUAUUUCUAAAGGAAGGCUGCUUGCAUGGAUAAAGAACCAGUAGUCAAACCGGCUACACAAUAACUGAGUUUACAAUACCAGGUAGGAACAUCACGAGAACUUAGACUUUGAUACCAAAUCGAUGCCAAAGUUCUGAAAACAUGCGGUAUUUGUUUUUCUCUGGUACUGUAGUUAUGGGGGAUGUAAUUCUUUCAGAGGUGAUGGGGCAGCAUAUACACCUACAAGUGUUCUAGUUUGCCUUUUAAUACCAAAUAAAGAAGAAGAAUGACUACCAGUGUUAAAGAAGAACAACCUGUGGAAGAUGGCCAAUGAAUUUUGUUAAUUCUUUGCAAUGGGAUCGCCAAGUAUUUACACUACGCUACAAACACCAAGAGUGUGACAAGGCACUUACUGACAAUUCUGCACAUUUAGUGUUUUUCUUCUGGUCGCCAAGAGUUGAAAGAUGUUUAACUUUGGGUAAAAUGCUGCACUUGUCACUUUUUACUCAGCCAUCCAAUUACAACACUGUAGGCUUUAUAUUAAUAUAUGGUUUCCAGCCAAUAACAUCUCACGAACCCACAUAGACUAGUGUUUCUAGUUCAAGGUGGAUCAUCAGGGAUUAACAGUAGAAUUUAUAUUGAAUUUAAUUUAAAUGUUUUUAGUAAAGGAGUGUAUGUAUGUGGAGUCUAUUGUUUUGUUCUUGUUUGUUACUGUUGUAUCAAACUGGGUAUCGAGAGGCAUGGAAUUUCAUUGGCAUUGGUAUCAACAACUAAAUUCCUGGUUUUGUGAUGUGCCUUGUACCAGUUUUGAUGCUUGAGCUCAACACAUGAUGAACAACUACAACCAGUGUACUUGAGUAAUGGUAAAUGUAUCCAUAUUACUUCAGUUUAUCUUCUAAGAGGUGAUAAGGACACCUGAAUGCACCAUGGAGCAAUUGUCCGGCAUGCAGUAGAUUGUAGGAUACUGUGGUGAAUACUGGAAAUAAUUCACCAGUUGUUUUUAUCGAAUGUGUCUAAAAAGAAGGCUGCGUUUGGAGGAAACAUUGAGGCAGCCUCUCAGCGUGUUGUGAAAACUUCAAAGGAGGCAGCCCAUGAACUGGGACACAGCUUUUGUUUUUAGCAGUCCACUUUAGUUCAGUCUUACGUUAUUUGGUUUUAUUCCAAUGAUCAGGGGUCAAAUUACUAUUCUUGGAGAUUUCUCUCUACGUGGUGCACAUCCAGAUUCAGUGUUCAGAAGCUGAAUUGAAGGCAUUGUCUUAUUGUCAAGGGGAGGACAAUGUUUACAAUUAGCUGACUUGACUAUCAUAAUAAGUUUUAGGACAUUAUUUGAAGUAUUAUUAUCAUUAUAAACAGAUGGUUUUGGUUUGAUCAUAUUUAGGAGGUUGUGACAUCAGUAAUUUACUAUUCCAAUUCAGAGCUCUAGAUAGUAUUAUUACUGUUAUUGUUACUAGCUGUGCUAUCUACACUGUAGUACACUAUAUGGUUUAACAGCGGUUGCUUCAGUCAGUGAUUUACUUGUGAUUUCUAAAUCAAGCAUGACUGUAAGAUGAUUUUCUUUUUGUUGAACAUACAGAUAUUUAUGGUUUUAGCCUCAGAGACUUUACUUGUGUGCUUCCACCUUUACCAGGCUCUACACAGUAGUUUAUCAAAGCAUAAUUACUGAAUUCUAAUAGUUUACUGUUGUUGAUUAGGUUUAGUAAGUGAAGACGUCAUCAGUACGAUUUAUACAGUAUAUAUUUAUUAAUGACGUACAGUAUAUGUUGACCUCAUCUAUAUUUUCUUCUAUCGUACUUAAAGUAUCAGCAGAUUAUCAUCUUCAUCUUAAUGAGCGGGACCAUUUGAUAGAGUUUGUCAAAGCUACAUGGUUGAAACUCAGAGGGGGAAAACCACUGUCUGAUUCAGCACUGCCAGAAGACUGACUUACUGCCGUACCUGAUAGCACACUACUACCAUAUACGUCUCACACUUGAAAGGAAACUGAAGCUAUAGUAUUGUUGAACAAUCUGGCCCAAUAUUAAAGGAGCAGUGUGUAGUAUUCAUGGGAUUUAGUGGCAUUUAGCGUUGAGGAUUGCAGGUUUUAACCAGCUGAAACUUCGUCUGGUUAGAAUUAAUUCAGUGUUCAUUGGUCAGGGUUUUUUUAAAAGGAGCCGAAUUAUCUGCAGAGGUCUCUUUCUCUAUGAAACAAAUGGACCAGGUGAUUAAAACCGGUAAAAACACUGAGUAAAAGCAAUUUCAUGUUACAAAUCAGUGUAUCUCCGGUGUUAUUUGGUGCAUUACAAUGACCGCUAGCCCAGCACAUGCUAAUGUGUGCUCACCUUUUUUACCCGAUAGUUUAAGACUCAAAUGUUCAGGAGGUUUUUAUCAGGAGCCGAAUUAUCUGCAGGGGUCUCUACCUCUGCAAAACAAAUGGACCCAGUGAUUUAAACUGGGAAAAGCAUUGAAUAAGGCAGUUUCACGUUAAAAAACAUAAGUGUUUCGUCAGGAAGGGGCUGCUUACUACAGUGGCUGAAGUGAAAAUGCAAAUGGCCCUAACUACAGCCAGUGUUUGGUUUGUCCAUUCGUGGCUACAGUAGAAACAUGGCGGUGCUCUAUGUAGAUAUAAACGGCUCAUUUCAAAGGUACACUAAAGAAAACAUAAUUAAAAUUGUAUUUCUGCCAAUGUAUCCCCCUAAAUCCUACACACUGGACCUUUAAGGCAUCUCAGGUGUGUGUGUGUGUGUGUGUGUGUGUGUGUGUGUGAGUGAGUGAGUGCGUCUGCAUGUGUGCAUGUAUACGUGUGUGUGUGUGCGCGCGCGCGUGUGCGUGUGCGUGUGCGUGUGUAUACAUGUAUCCUAUACUGUCCGACUCCCAUGAAUCCAAAGCCUGUAACCGGCUGAGUCUAUGUUUACACGUGAACGCAUGUACCUUGAACACAUAAAAAUUAUAUUUGAAAUAUGUACGUACUCUUCGUGUUAAGCUGUGGCACAUGGUAUACCGGACGAGCUUGUGUUGUAUGAUAAAUGUGGCUAGAGGACCAAAAGGUUGUACGGUGUAAUACUCAUAGGUGUAAAAGAAUUUUUUAAAACCUCAGCUCCUGUUCGACAUCUUUUCGCUGCUGCCUGUCUCUCAGGAUUUGGUUCAUUUGGGCUUAAAAGCCUGUGAAGCCACAUUCAAGGACCACUAAAGCUGCUCUGGUUGUUCGGGCGCUGUCUGCGGCAAAGAAAAUGAUCAAAUAGCUGUGAAGCUGCUUUCUUUAAAGCUGGCACCUCUCCAUACAGCUUCUCUUGCUUACUCACAUCCCCAUGUAGGGCAGCAGUCCCAAAAGUUUUCUGCAAGCUUUACAAAUGGGUAAUAUUUAUAAAGUCACCAAACAGGAGAGAGCUUUAAGGCAGAUAGAAACUGAUAUAUAUGACCACUACAGAUAUUACAUCAGCAGAUGUGUUUUCAGAUUACAAUAAAGACUAGAAAGCAUGCAUUCAUCAAAACUGCACAGCCCUCUAAAUGUGCAGUAGAAAUUUGCAUUUAGAGUUGCAUUAAAAUACACUGUGAUAAAACACAUAUGCAUUUUCAUUCAAGUAAGUGCAGCAGUUAUAGAGAAAAUGAGGAAGGCAACAAUGACUUUAUCUCACAAUAUAAAAAGGUAAUUUUUUAAAUUUACUGCAUCCACACCAAAAACAACUAUCUUGUUCCUUUCAUGCUCAAACUUUACGCUUUUAUUCUGCAAACUAGCAGACAAACAAAAUGAUGAAACAAAUAAUAUUUACAAAAGGUAUUAUAGAACAAAUCUGCACAUUUUUAAUGAAGGGGCAGCUGUGCAGGACCGCCUCCUUGUACUGCAUAAAGCCUCGUUUUCACCAAGCAGUUCGGUUCAGUUCAGUUCAGUUUGUUAAAUUUUCGAACGGUUAUUUUUGUGUUGUCAUCAUCAAAAGUUGUGGAUUGUACCAACAAAACCAUUCCAUAAUGUACUGUUUUUCAUCAGCCCUUUGUUGAGGUACCUACUACACUAAUUCGAUACUAAAAAGUGGAGCUAGAAACUCUCCAGUCUGAUGAUUGGUCAAUAAAGAAUCAACACCUUGCUCGAACUACAAUAACCACUGUUCCUUUGGUGGCAAGUUUACAAAAGUUAACAUGAGUCAACCAUUACCCCUCGUUUCCACUUACGUAAAAGUACGUAGACGAGUCAACUGGAAAUCCAUUCAUUCCUAUGGGAAUCUCUGUGAUAUCCGAUGUGCCUGCAAAACUCCUCCCCUCUUCCUUCUGUAAUAUUUCAAUCCCCACUUUGCCUCAAGUACGUUUGGAAAAUUGAACUUAUGCGGUGGAUUUCGAACAGACUGUAUGACAGUGUGCUAGCUUAGCUAACAGGCUGCUAACUAGCUAACAGGCUGUUUUCUUCAAUUCAGUUGCCUGUGUUAAUUGUCAAGUGAGUCUGUAUGAUUAAAAAGAACUUGUUUAUUGAACACAUUGUGAAUCUGAAAGAAAUGCACUUCCUUGCGUUGGACACUGGAGGCAUCAUCUGUUUAUUUACGGAUUUACGGACACCAGUCAUAUUCGUAAUUGGAAACAAGGUGUAACUAUAAAAUGAAGGAGUGUUUUGCGGCCUUUUCAUUUUUACUAAUUAACAUUAGACUCAGAAUAAUUAAUUUAAUUCACUGUGCCAUCAAGGGCUACUGCUGGCAGCUACUGGCAACUUUUGAUGUAGGACAUUUUCUUGCCCCGUUCCCUAGACGAUCAGCAAUGUUUCAUUGCAUUGUUGGUGAAGGGGAAAUACAGCGAGACGCUAGAAACAAUCUAGUAACAACCCUGUCUACAUUAAGAGCACUGUCUGCUGUGGAAACGCUUAACAGAUCUUGGGUUUAGGUACAUGUCUUUACCAAAACUGUCUGGCGAAAAAUGUGGCUUAACUGCCCCUGGUCAGGUCUUGGGGGUCUAAAAUACACUUUUAUCUCAAAACUUCAGAAUGUUCAUGCUUCAAUAUAACUACAACUUUUUUUAAAUUACAACUUACCAAACUGCACAUGAAUGCAUCAUUAUACUGUAGCGUAUAGGUUGUAGGCUUCAUUUCAACAUUGGGUGGGGGGACAUAUAUGAAAACGGGGGUUUUUUGUGCACCAAAUUAUGUUGUAAAUGUCUUUAAUUUGAUCAAAAUAAAAGUCCUCUGCUACAUUCAUACUGUAUGUUUAUUUGAGACAGAUGCACAUGCUCUGCCUCCCGAAAUCUACUAUUUAUGCUGCAGGAUCCCAAAAGAAAAUAACCUGGAACUAACACAAACCUUGAUUAUCACUGCUGACCAUUUUGUUUUUUGGUCAUUAGGUAGCGGUAAUUUAAUGUCAGAAUAAAUGUAUUGUCACAGCUUGGAAUAAAAUUCUUAAGAUAUAUUCUCUAAUUUAAGAGUACCUUUCCACAUUUGUACUCUAAAUGUUUACUUGAGCCUCUGAGAAACACCAAAUGAUUGAGAGUUUACUGUUCUGGAGUACUCGGGGGUAUUAUAGCUUAUUGUAGGCAGUAUUUUGACUCCACAGGCAGGUUUGGCGACGAUAAGAUGAAGUACUUGAGGGUUUGACGUGUGUCUUGUCUUGUCUUGGUUUUAAUAUCUGUCUCAUUCAGACAUACAGUGCCCACCUGACUUUGUAUAGAGUUUUUUAAACUCUCCAUGAAGCCUUCAUGGACCCUCUGUACAUUGUUUAUAGAUGCUCUGUGAUUGUGGAGCUGCUGACUCUGUUCUCAGUGCUGCUGGUGUUUUCUUUCUGGUCGUACAAGACUGAUUAUAUUAUCUCAUAUUCUUUCUCUCUAGUUUUCAUAUUGUUUUUUUGUGUGUCUGUGGUGCUUUUGUGCUGUGAUAAGCCUAUAUGAUGCCAACAAUGCUUUUAUCUUUUCUAUUUCUCUUGUAAUAAAAA